UCUUUCUUUUUUUUGCUUAUCCUCGAAACUUUUUUAUUUUUCGAAACAUAAGUAUUUUAUAUUGCUAUCACAUUUGACAUAUUCUAUUUGUACGCUAUUUAUAUUUGUGGGAAAGGAAACAUUUUAACCUUAAGAUCUUUUUUAUGCUCAAACUGCAGACUUGUUUAAACAACAUAAUUUAUAGAAAAGCUUCUUUUUUAUUUGUGUUAUUUGCUGUUGGAACGGUAAAUGUAACUAUUUUGACAUAAAGCCAGCAAUCAAAGAUAUGACAUUACAACUACGUAUAUAUACAUAACACAAAUUGUUACAUAUAUUUGUUUAAAUACAACCGUCUCUAAUCUUUCAUCAGGUGAUAUUUGCAAUUUGAAAAUUGUACGCUAAUGUCAAUCCAAUGUUAGGAAGGUGAGGGACUAGAUGAUUUGCUGAUUAAAUAUUUGAAUAUUCCAUAAUGUGAAACAUUGAUUUUUAUUAUUUUAACAGAUUGUUGUCUCUGUACUUUUUACAGGAGCAUUCUUUUGAGUGCUUUGAUUUCAGGCUUAGCAUAGGGAGGAGGGUAAAAAUUGACAUUUAGUGUACCAUUUUUUAAGUUUGGGUCAUCCCUUUUAGUUUGUGAAAAGUGACCACAAUAUUUAAAAUAUUGUUUUCAAAGCGUGGUUACCAAGGUCCUGAGGAAUGCUAGAACUUUGACAACAAAGUAAUUGUGUUAAAUUUUGCUAAUUAAGAUAUUUACAAACCUGACAAAAAGAUUUCCCUUAAAGGAAAUUAUGACCUUGAAGUUUUACUUGGUAGGAGAGCCUACAACCCUAUCCAUGACAAUAUUACAAUCAAGAAAGUACACCAUGAUGUUGGAUUGAGUUGAAAAUUUACAUACUCACAAAUUAAUAGUUCUGAACUCUGAACUAAAACAACUCCAAAUUCAGGAAGGUAUUAUUUAUUUUUUGAAUAUUUUUUUUUUCGUUUGUGAUUAAAAUAAUGAUGUAACAUGUUUAGGCAUUAUUCUGUGUACUGGUAUAUCAAAAGAUUUUUAAAGGAGUGCAUCAACCUCUAAAUGAUAUCGUAUGUGUUUCAACGACAUUGCUGGAGAAUAUUGAAGAUCUUGCUCUUUGUUGUGAGCAGCAUACUUUUUUUGCUGGUGUGGUUUGAAUAUCCAUUACAACAUGAUGCCUUCAAAGAGGAUUCAGAAUUGCAUACAAGGAUAGAUGAAUUAACAGCAAAAUUAAAACGCUGUUCACAUGGAAAUAAUCAAAACAGAAAAAUGCUCGAAAACGAUAGGCCUAAAAUUCCAGACACUGCAAAGAAAAAGAUUCAAGGGUUUUCUGGACUAAGAAUUGUUCAUUUGGAUUUAAAAGGUGCACCACCUAAAAUGGAAUAUUUGUUGCAGAUGUUACCUUUUUUGAAAGAUAUGGGUGCGAAUGGUCUUCUCUUGGAAUAUGAAGAUAUGUUUCCAUACCGCGGUAUGAUUCGUGCACUGUCAUCACCAAAUACUUACAGUUAUGAAGAUAUUGCUUCGUUGUUGAAAUUAGCAAAGAAAUUAAAUUUGGAAAUCAUACCGUUAGUUCAGACGCUUGGACAUUUCGAGUUUGUUUUGAAGCACGACCAGUUCCGCCAUUUACGAGAAACUGAACAAUAUCCGAACAUGCCAUGCCCUUUACAUGAGAAAACAAAACAAAUCGUGUUCAAAAUGAUAAAUCAGGUAUUGGAGCUACACCCAGAUAUUCGAAGAAUACAUUUGGGAGGAGAUGAGGUUUUUAAUUUAAAGGACUGUGAAAAAUGCAAGUCAAGCAAAAAAACGAAAGAACAUUUGUUUUUACAUCAUAUGAUUCCUAUACUGAAGCAUGUACGAGGUAAAACUCGCUCGAAAGUGAAACCAAUCAUUUGGGAUGACAUGCUGAGGAAAUGGACUGUGGACGAUAUGAAACAAUUUCGUGGUCUAGCAGACAUUAUGGUUUGGGGUUACGUGCCUGAGUUGGACAACUAUUCCUUAUUUCCUGAAGACAUGUGGAUAAAAUACGCGGAAGCCUUCGACAAAAUUUGGGUGGCAAGCUCAUAUAAAGGUGCGCUUGCAGCCAACAAUAACUUAGUUCCUAUAACAAUGCAUAUAAAAAAUCAUGAAUCGUGGCUUCGCAUCAUUAAAAAAAUAAAGAACAAAGUCACAGGUGUUGCUUUAACAGGUUGGGCCAGAUAUGAUCAUUUUGCUGCUCUCUGUGAGCUUCUACCAGCUGCUAUCCCAACGUUGGCGUUGUCUUUGUCAGUUCUUCGUGAAGGGUCCUUUAAAAAACGUGGUAAAGAUUUCGUCGAAGUUAUGCUAGGUUUUAAAAAUCCGAUUAUUAUAGAAAAAGAUAUAUUUGGAAGUUGGGAUACGUCGAUUCCUAACUACCCAGGAGGAGAUGUCUACUCCCUUGUUGCCGAGUAUGAAAAUCAUGUGAAUUGGUACACCAGCACUAAAACAAGGUUGGAUAGUUGGGGAAAUGAACGUCAAGUGGAAGAAAAACUUAUUAGCAUUUUACAGAUUAAUGGAGUAGCAGAUUCUUUGAAGCAGCUGCUUCCAUCGUUUAAAAAUUUCCGAUCAAAGUGCGAAACAGUGUUGAAGAAAUACUUUUUCGAAGACACAGUGAACGAAUGGAUACGAGACAAGGUGGACACGCAUAUAGCUUUAUCUGAAGAAUUAGUGGAUAAACUAAAUUCUGUUUUAGUCAAACUGAAAAUGAAAAUUGAGUUGUAGACUUUUUUUUUUAAAUAUUAGUUGCACAAUAAUUUAUAAACUUGUU